UUCGUUCCUUCCUUUGGCUUGGCAAAAUUUAGUGUUGUUGUUGCGUAAAGUGAUGGACUAUGAUUUCAUGACGAGGCCUCCACCCUACAACUCAUCAUCAUCUUCUUCUCAGGCCAUGUACCCCAAGAUCUCCCCUCACGCUCCUCGCCCCUCACACCAUCAUCACUCUUCUGCCCCUUCCUCUUCUCCGGGAUUGGGCAUUAGGGUUUUCCUAAAGCCAGAAUAUAGGAUCACUCCGCCGCCUCAUUUGUUACCACAUUCUGGAGAUAUUCCACGUAGCAACUUCCAGUUUGAUUUUGGAUUGGAGAGAAAAGUUCUUGCUGAAGCAAAUAAGGAAAACCCAAAUUGGAGCAAGUUUGGGAUGGAAAAUCUUCCAACUAAGGUUACUGAAUCACCAUCACCAAAGAUUUCUGUUUCAGAUCCCAUUGUGAGCAAAUAUAUUGCCAUGGGGCUCAGCCGAGAGGCUGUUCCCAUUGCUGUUGCAAAUUAUGGUGAUAAUCCAACCAGGAUCCAGGAAUUUGUUAAGGGCUAUACCCUUCUACGUGACAUGGGAUUUUCAUCGACCAGCGUUGUCGAAGCCUUGGUUAUGUAUGACAAUGAUACGGACAAAGCAUUAUCACAUUUUCUUAACGGUUCAUCAUGAGAAUCCUGAAGCAUGUUUUGUUUAUCAUUUAUUGAUAAAUAAUAGAUUGGUGACCUUGUACAGUAAUAAAUAAAUCAAAUAUAGGAUGUGUAAUUUUAUUGUCUAUAAAGCUGCCCCUCUUAUUUUAGUUGUUGGAGAUCUUGUUUGGAUGUUUUGUUUUGAGAACAAGUUAAACCGUAUAACAUAUAUUUUGUUAUUGUCCUGCUAUUACUAUAAUUUUAG